AUGUUGCCCAUAGUGAUCCCCACCUUACGACGGGCACGCUUACAAAACGCGGAAUUUAUUCCGAUCAGUGAUGGAUUACUGGAGCUCCAUUUCGCAACUGAACCCGGCUGCACGAAGCUACCGUGGCGCUCCUUGCUGUUGGCGUUGCAUGCUACGCCCUGUCUCCGUGUUCUCGUCCUGCAGAACGCACUCAGUCGGUACGAUACGCCUUGGGAAAUAGAGACGGAUACGAUUGAUAGGGCGCCGCUGAUGGCGUUAGAGCAUCUGACAUGCUCCGGUCACCGAGGACUGGCGCGUGCGCUUCUGUACUGGAUAGACGCGCCGUCGAUACACGAUCUCCAUAUUGACGCUGACUUCGACAUGGGCGCUACGUUGGAUCCAUUCGAACACUUUCCCUCACAGCUAGCUGCGGAGCUAUGGGUGUUGCGGAAUUCAGCGCAGACACGACUCAUGAUGGAGUACGCACGCGCUCGAGCCAACGCGGAAGACGCAGGUCAAUCCUUCACGGACGAAGUGCCGGAUUCUGUCCCAGUCCCCCCGCUGGAGUAUCUUGCGCUGAGUAUCAUACUCGAUAGCGAGGUCGAAGAUUCGAGAUCGGCCUGGCCGCAGCUUAUCACCGUAGCGGCAGCAAAAGACGCGGAAGGCGCACUGCGUGGCGUAUCGACGCAUAACGACUUUGAUGGUCCGGGGCAAAGCUCCCCAAGACGCACCUUCACCAUGCGAAAUAGCUUUGCCGCCUUCCCUAGCGACGCAAUGGCCGCCUUUCGCGCGCGGCUGCGUAGAGACCGGGAGCCUUGUGCUGUCAACUCAGUCGUUUCUCUACUGCUUACUGCGUUCCUUGCCCAAGCAGGUGAAGAAGACGUCAUUUCUCUGGCGUUUGCGAAAGGAUCUUGGUUACCCACCGCCGCGCAAGAGUGGUCGGAUUUGCUGUUCGAGCUCCCCGCACUGCGCACCUUGGGCCUGUGGGCUCCUGCUGCUCCAGAAGUUCUCAUAUCCCUAGCUGAAAGCCUGUAUCGGGACGGACGGGAGUUGAGUGUCCGGGUAAUCGCGGUCAGAGAAACACAGGCAGCCACCGACGAGGUUAUUGAUCUUUUACCUCGGGCCAUCGGUUGA